UAUUGGCCUCCUCGAAGUUUUCACCGUCUUGACGCCUCGUGGAUCGAACCAAUCCAUCGCAAGCCACGUGGCGAAUACCCUCUCACUGUAGCCGUAGAUUUCCCGCGGAUCGUCGCGUAAGGAUCAAUCAGACUGGGACUCCCUAUUAAAAGGGAGUCGUUGUAACGCUCUCUUUCUCUGGUCUUCGUUUUUAAACGACAGAAUUUGGAUUUUCUUGGAGAGGUCGCAAAGGCCAAGAAGCAGUUCGAAAAUGGCGGACGCAGAAACCAAACGACCAACAGAGACGGAUGAUGAGAAAAGUCUAAAGUAUCUGGAUUUUGUGCAAGUGGCGGCGAUCUACAUCGUGGUCUGCUUCUCCACCCUCUACGAGUACGCCAAAGAGAGCUCCGGCCCACUCAAAUCGGGCGUCGAGGCCGUCGAAGGCACCGUCAAAACCGUUAUGGGACCGGUCUACGAGCGGUUCAACGACGUCCCCUUCGAGCUCCUCAAGUUCGCCGACCGCAAGGUGGACGAGUCCUUGAGGGAGUUGGACAGGCACGUGCCGUCGCUGGUGAAGCUGGCAUCGAGCCAGGCAUUGACGGUGGCUCAUAAGGCGCCGCAGGUGGCGCGAGCCGUGGCCUCGGAGAUGCAGCGGGCCGGCGUGGUGGACGCCACGAAGACAAUUACGAGGACCGUGUACACCAAGUACGAGCCGACGGCGAAGGAGCUGUACGCGAGUUACGAGCCGGUGGCCGAGCAGUACGCGGUAGCGGCUUGGCGAUCGCUGAAUCGGCUCCCGAUGUUCCCCCAGGUGGCUCAGAUCGCCAUCCCCACGGCGGGUUACUGGACCGACAUGUACAACCAUGCGGUUUGUUAUUCGGCCGAGAGGGGGUACGCCGUGGCGGAAUAUAUGCCGUUGAUUCCCAAGGAGAAGAUCGCCAAGGCUUUUGAAGAGACCGAUGGUGGGCCCUCGGCCAAUGGUGAAGCUGCCGCCGUGGCGCAGUGACCAUGGUUUAUAUUAGUUUUCGUUAAGAAGGGGAAAAAUAGUUGGUUGAUGUUGGCUUGUGGUUAGCUAAACCCCACGGUGAUUUUCUUAUACUGUUGAGUGUGGACCACAGCUAUCUGAUUUUGAUUUCGUUUUUGUUUUUGUUUUUGAGACUUCGAAAUAAUGUCGAAAUUAUUUGGUUCAUGCGAAAAA